GCGCUGCCUCCACCUGAGUUCACAGAACAAGAGGAAAGAUGUUGCAGUCGUGAAAGAUCCGAGUCCUGGGUCUGAGCCGUGUUCGUUACUUUCUGCCAUCAAACUGAAGAGGCGCGUGGGCAACUGUCUUCUUUAACGGAAAUGCCACGUUUUUUUAAGAGGAAGAAGAAUGUGGCCCUGGCAGUGCUACUUCUCGUCACUGGACUGUACCUCUUCAGUCAUUCAGACUUUUCCAUAACGGGUCAGAGAUCGUUGAAGGUGAUUCCCAAAGAGUUAAGUUGGCGGGUCGAGAGACUGGUCAGUAAAGAGUCGUGGGUGGAACAGGGAGACUUCCUGCCUCUCAAUGUGACUUAUCAGCUGCUGGCCGGAGCGCCGUCCUCCCAACAGAGGUUUUUGGCGGUCGGGUUGUCCUCGGUGAGUCGGAAGAAGGGCAGCUACCUCGUCCCCACGCUGCGGUCUCUCUUCUCUCAGUCGUCUCCCAAGGAGCGCUCCGCCAUGGUGGUCGUGGUUCUGCUGGCAGACUUUGACACCAGCUGGAGAAUCGAGACGGCGACGGAGAUAAAAACGACGUUUGCCCCGGAGCUGGAACAAGGCCAGCUUGUGGUCGUCCACGUUCCUCAGGACUGGUACCCGCCUCUUACAGGCCUAAAGAGGAAUUACAACGAUCCUCCUAAUCGGGUAACGUUCCGAUCCAAGCAGAACCUGGAUUACUCCUUCCUCGUCCACUACUGUGCCUCUCUUGGGGAGUACUACCUCCAGCUGGAAGACGACGUCUCCUCUGCAAAGAACUUCCUGACAACCAUUCGGGGACGAAUUGAAGAGCAGAACUCAAAGAAGGGCACGUGGGCGAUGCUGGAGUUCUCGGCCCUCGGCUACAUCGGGAAGCUCUACAAGUCGGCCCACCUUCCUCUUCUGGCCCGCUUCCUCUUCCUCUUCUACCAGGAAAUGCCCUGUGAUUGGUUGAUGACUCACUUCAGAGAGUUGAUGACCCAGCGGGAGACGAUCCUCUUUAAGCCCUCGUUGUUCCAACACAUGGGCACUUUUUCAUCAUUCCAGGGGACGUUCAACAAGCUGAAGGACAAGAACUUUGAGGAAGGGGUCUACUCUAAUCCUUUAGCUGAUGUUUACUCCAACAUGUCCACCUACCAGAAAAAUUACCCCAAACUGGCCUGGGAGGCCGGGAAGAGCUUCUUCUGGGGGCGGUCUCCAGACAAAGGAAGUUACCUGACGGUGGUGUUCCAAAGACCUGCAGUGGUGACGGGGAUAUUAGUAGAAACUGGAUCGGGGGGGAAAGACCUCCUGGACUCGGCUCAGGUGGAGAUAGGCCACCAUGUGGUCACCUCAGGGGACGAGAGGAGCUGUAAGGAGUUCCAGUCAGUGGGAGCUUUUGAAAACGGAAGGUUUGAAAUGCAGAACCUAGAGAAGCAGCACAGCUCUGCCUCUUCGUGUCUGAGGAUACUGGUCACAGCUGCUCAGAAGGACUGGGUGAUCGUUCAGAAAAUCCGGAUCACAACAAAGUCCCGCACAUCCUGA